UAUAACAAGGCUAUUUAUUUAACUUUUAGGGCUAAACCUGAAAAAAAUUAUUUUUUCAUCAGUUCUGAAAGAUUAACACUAGUUUGUUUCCUCACAGGUGCCGUCUAAUCUGCUGAGGGUUUACAGCAUUUAAGCUUUUAUUUGAAAGUAUUUUGUUGUUGUCCUUUUCUGUACCUCCUCUCCCCCGGUUGUAAAUCCAUCUUGGGCACUAGCCUACAAAGUACUCAGGACAUCUUCAGGGAGCGGUGUCUCAGAAAGACAGCAUCCAUUAUUAAGGACCUCCAGCACCCAGGGAAUGUCCUUUUCUCACUGUUACUAUCAGGUAGGAGAUGCAUUAGUCUGAAAGCACACACUCAGUAACUCAGGAACAGCUUCUUCCCCUCUGCCAUCCCAUUCCUAAAUGGACAUUGAACCCAUGAACACUACCUCACUUUUUAAAAAUUUUUAUUAUUUUGCACUACUUAUUUUAACGUAACUAUUUAAAUAUUUAUGAAAAUAUCUGGUUCAUUGGUACUUGGGGUAACCAGGAGUAAUCGCGUGCCCGUUGCUUAGUGACUGCAUGCCCAAUAGGCGCUGGAAGAACUCCGCGGUGCGUAACAGCGACACGAGCUAUUGGCUGACUGUCUGAGGUAGUUUGGUAGCAGUGUUAGGAGACAUGGCUGGAAAGGUGGACCCGGAGUUGGAGCGGUUUUUGCAGGAGGUGGAUGAGAUCACGGAUCUAGUUGAAGGAAUUAGGUCUGAUGAUCCUGCAGUAAGAGACGAGGCUUUUCAGAAAGCAGAUGAGAAGUUGGUGAAAGACUCUGAACAAUCUGACGUCCUAGAAGGGUGCAGAGUAAAGACGAACCGGACACUGAUCAGCAAAAACCCUUUCUCCAGUGCACCACCCGGAUAUUCCAACCUGCCAGGAAAAUAUGAAAUGCAAGGGAAUGAAGGAAUGAGUCAAGAGAAAUUCUUAUCAAUUCUUGAGAGGGACGCAGAGGAGAGAGGAAAAAGAAGAAAGGAAAGUGAAAAGCUAGCCAAUGCAUUAAAAGAGAAGGGGAAUGCAGCAUUCAAAAAGGAGGACUAUGUUACUGCUGUGCAAUACUACACAGAAGGCCUGGAAAAACUUCGAGAUUUUCAAGUCCUGUACACCAAUCGAGCACAGGCUUACAAUAAACUAGGAAAAUAUGAAGAGGCAAUCACUGAUUGUAAAUGGGCCUUAAAGUGCAAUGAAAAUUGUGUAAAAGCUUAUGUUCAUAUGGCAAAAGCCAACGUAGGUUUAAAGAAGUAUGAGAAGGCUCGAAAGUGUUAUCAGGAGAUAAUCACGAUCGAUCCAAACCUAGAAAAGAUGGUUAAAGAAUAUAUAACUUUACUGGAACUAGACCAAAAAAAGGAACAGCAAGAGAAAAGAGUCAUGGAAGUACUUGAACUGGGGAAUGUGACUACAAAAGCUGCCCGUGAAGCACUAAAGAAAUUAUCCAGUCCCAAUAAGAUCCCCUUUUUCUAUCUUGGUGGUCUGAAGUUUCUGACUGAACUUAUGAAGGAGUGUACUGAGCAGACAUUAUUUAGAAUAAAUGGUGGAUUCAGCAUUAUCAAUGACAAUGUGAUUCUAAGAAGGAGUCUUGUCAAGUCACAGAAGGAACCAUGUGAGGUGGAACUUUGUGUCUCUGUCCUUGCGCUAUGGAAGGCCGUCUGUCAUGAAAACGAGGAAAAUCAGCGAACUCUUAUCACUUCUUCUGAUACAAGUGAACUAGUACUGAAUCUGUUGUUAUGCAAGGAGAGUGAGAUCUAUAAGGAGUGUCUAGCUCUACUGUCUACUUUCCUUUCGACAGAAUAUGGCAGAGAUCUUCUGCUAUGUAAUCUCAAUUUAACCAGAUUUAUGAAGAUUCUGAUAGGAUUCGCUGAUUACUCUGAUGAAGCCAGUGAUAGUGCCAUGAAAAUGCUCACCAACCUAAUUCCAGAGAAAAAGUUUAGGAAACAUAUUCAGGAAGAUUUUGCAACUCAUGUAAUACCGUCAUUUGAAAUUCUCCUGAAAAACUUGAAGUUGGCGAAUAGGCAGAUCCUUCCACAGUGCAUUUCAAUCAUAGGAAACAUCGCGUCUGAUAAGAUCAUUUCAGGGAGAGUAGCAGGAAGAGUUGAGUUUUGGGAGUCUUGUCUAAUUUGCAUUGAUGAGUCUAUAAUGCUAAUUGCCAUGGCCGAGUACAGAGAAAUCCUAUAUACUCUUCUGGGCCUGAUGAUAAACUUAUCGAUGGAACAAUGCACCACCAUUCAGGUAAAAGCUCCAGAUAUUACAGAAAGAUGCAUCUCCCUACUUGCCAGCACGGAUGGAGGGAUUCUAACAAGAGCAGCAGGGCUUCUGAGUCAUGUGCUCCCUCAGUCUGAUGAAGUAGUAGAAACAGCAGUGAAAGCAGGAAUGGUGAAGAAAAUGCUCACAUUUAUAAAAACAGGGGAGAAGACAACCAUACGAUAUGCCGCAAAGAUCUUGGCAAUCUGCAGUACUAGAAGUGAAGAAGCUCGAGAAGAGAUUGUCAAAAGUGAUAAAAAGUUCAGUGUUCUGAUGAAGCUGCUGUCUUUGGAUGAUGAGCAAGUAGUGGGCAAUACUGCUGUGUGCCUUUCGUACUGUUUCGAGAUCCCAGGAGCUGCUGCAUCUCUGCUCAGAACUGACAUUGUCAGAUUGUUGUUAAAACAUGCUGGUGGCGAUGCAAAAGAAAACUCCCUCCAACAGAAUGCUGCGAUUGCCCUAGGUAAACUCUGCUUGGCAGAACCCAGGCAUAAGAUUCAGCUUAGCGAGCUACAUGGAUUGGAAAUUCUGAUGUCCUGCAUGAAGUACAUAAAAUGAGAUAAGAAACCAUAGAAGCUGGAAUCCAGACCAAAAAUUAACUGCUGGAAGAACUGAAUGGGUCAAACAUCUACUACAGAGGCAGAGUAAUGGUCAGCGCUUUGGGUUGAGAGGGAAGACAGCUAGUAUAUAGAAGUGAGAGAGAGAGAUGAUAAAGGUUAUAUACUGGCUCUUUUCCCUCUACUCUCUUAGUCCUAAUGUAAUACCUCAACGUGAAACGCUGAUCAUCCCCAUGAAAUGCUACUAGCCACGGCUUGGAGAUAAAGUAAUCAGUAGUCAUUCCUCGUGUGAAUUACCUGAAGAGAUUUGUCUAAAACAUUUACACAAAAAAUACAACAUUUCAAUUCCACAAUUUCUAAGAAGAAUUUUAAAACUAAUUUAUUUCUGAUAUAUUUUAUCCCAUUUAUUAUAUUCUAGCCCUAUGCUUCAUUCUCUUUCCCUACAGCUGGCUUUAAUGAUAUAUUGAAUUUAUUUGUGCUGUUUAUUUCAAUCUUUCUUGAUAAUUUAAUUCCACAAAUCUCGCUAAAUGUUUAAUGCUAUUUUACCACUUAAGUUAAUCCAUUUAAAAUAAGAUUUACAGUUCCAUCAGAAAGAAAAAAAAAUUAUAUAUUCAGAAUAGCAUGUUAGGAUUUGAAAUACUGUUGAAACGAAGUGCCGAGGUCCAGAUCUGUAUAGAUUAAUGGCCUCUGACUGGUUCUAAGUCCUCUACUCUCAGGAUUUUUUAAGGUUAUAAAGGUUGUGCAUGUGAAGUUGAAUCUUUGUGUUUCUUAGCUUUUACAUAUUGGAAGACAUUUUGCAAACUAUUUGUCAUUUCUUUUGGUUUUCAUCUCAAUUCAAAAGUUGAUAUUUUUCCCUCAGGGGUAACUGUUCAGACAAAAAAAAAUUCUUUGUGUAACUAGCUAAUUCAAUAAAUGUUCUGAAACUAAUUUUAAUUGUUUUUGCUAUUUGAGAUCGUUUGUAUGUGCACAAGUAUAUGGUCUAUAGUUCAUGUUCAAAAAUACCGCAGGUGAUAAAGUGUUCCUCUGCUGUGAUUACUUUAAAAAAAAAAUCGUCACAGUUGUUAUGUAGGCAAACAAGGCCAUUCUUUUUCCUCAGAAAAAUCCCAAAAAAACCAAACAAACAUUAAAUGACCGUUGAUUUUUGGUGAUGACACUGAAAGGAG